GUUGACCGCAACCCCCCAUCCACCUCUCUCUGUAUAAUAGCCGAUUCUUUCGCUCCGUCGAUAAUUCCGCCUUUUGCUUCUUUAGAUUUUAUUUUCAGCUUCUUCACAGAUGGAUGCCAUAGUUGCCCAGUACUCUCGGCCGCACUACCAGGAGCAGGCCGCCAUAGAGCAAGAUGACCAGGAAAUCACGACGAUUCUCCCUCCCCUGUCACUGAGAUUCGACUUACCUCCUAUUUCUCAACCCGCGUCAUUCCUCCGAGCGAUGACAGACGACCAUGCCAAUCCAGAGUGCCCAAUCAAGAUUGCCCACGGUACAACGACCCUCGCGUUCAGAUUCCAAGGCGGAAUUAUCGUCGCCACAGACUCAAGAGCUACGGCGGGAAAUUGGAUUGCGAGUCAAACGGUGAAGAAGGUCAUUGAGAUCAAUAACUGUUUGCUGGGAACCAUGGCCGGUGGUGCCGCUGAUUGCCAAUACUGGCUCGCGUAUCUUGGCAUGCUCUGUCGUCUUCACGAACUCCGCCAUAAACGUCGAAUCUCCGUCGCCGCCGCUUCGAAACUCCUUGCCAACCUCGUUUACAACUACAAGGGGAUGGGUCUCAGCAUGGGCACGAUGUGUGCUGGUGUAACGCCUCAAGAGGGCCCGGCCCUAUACUACAUCGAUUCAGACGGAACCAGGCUGGCAGGUAACCUCUUCUGCGUUGGCUCCGGUCAGACUUUUGCCUAUGGCGUCUUGGACGCGGAAUACAGAUACGAUUUGACUGAGGAAGAGGCAUUGAAUCUCGGGCGUCGAAGCAUUCUGGCUGCUAUGCACCGUGAUGCUUAUUCUGGUGGCUUCGUCAAUCUGUACCACGUCAAGGAAGACGGAUGGGUGAAGCACGGUUUCAAUGACAUGAACCCUAUUUUCUGGAAGGAGAAACUAGAGACUGGCGAGUUCUCCAAUGUCCCGAUGAAGCUGGAGUGA